UGCUGGUGGUAUCUGUGAUUGAACAGCUAGCUCAAGUGCACAACUCUACUGUCCAGGCCUCAAUGGAGAGAUUAUGCAGCUACUUGCCUGAAAAACUGUUCUUGAAGACCACCUGCUAUUUAGUAAUUCACAUAUUUGGACCAGAUAUCAUAAAACUACUCAAUGAAAAUAUGAAUGCUGAUAUGGUGUGCCAUGCUCUGGAUUUUUGUAAACAGGACACAGGUCAACCUUUGUGUCAUCUCUACCACUUUCCCAAGGAGGCAAGGAAACUUACACUGGAGAAAGCAAAACAGAUUGUCAAGAAAUCCCAGACUCUGAAAUAUCUCAGAAGAGGCUCUGGUAUUUGUUCACUACCAUUUUUGGCCAAGAUCUGCCAGGAGAUUAAACUAUCUAUAGCGAAUUCUGUGCCAUUCAAAGAUGUAGAUUCAGACAAAUACAGUGUUUUCCCAACACUGCGGGGCUAUCAUUGGCGAGGGAGAGACUGUAAUGACAGCAACAAGAUGGCAUACCCAGGCAGAAGGCCAGACAACUGGGAUGUACAUCAGGAUUCAAACUGUAAUGGCAUUUGGGGUGUUGAUCCAAAAGAUGGAAUUCCAUAUGAAAAAAAAUUCUGUGAAGGUUCACAGCCCAGGGGAAUCAUUUUGCUGGGAGACUCAGCUGGGGCUCAUUUUCACAUUUCUCCUGAAUGGAUCACAGCUUCGCAGAUGUCUUUGAAAUCUUUCAUCAAUUUACCAACAGCUAUUUCUAAUGAGCUUGACUGGCCCCAACUCUCUGGCACUACUGGAUUUCUGGACUCCACUGUUGGAAUUAAAAACUCUAUUUACAUGCAGUUACGGAAAAGAAACCACUGCAAUCACAGAGACUACCAGAAUAUUUCAAGAAAUGGUGCAUCUUCCCAAAACUUGGAGAGAUUUAUAAAAAGUUUGUCCAGGAACCAACAGUUGGACCAUCCAGCCAUCGUCAUAUAUGCCAUGAUUGGAAAUGAUGUCUGUAGUAGGAAAUUUGACCCAGUCCCAGUAAUGACUACUCCUGAGAAAUUUUACUCCAAGGUGAUGCAGACACUGGAGUAUUUAAAUGCCCACCUGCCUAAUGGCAGUCAUGUUAUUUUAUACGGCUUACCAGAUGGAACCUUUCUUUGGAAUAACUUGCACAACAGAUAUCAUCCUCUUGGUCAGCUGAACAAGGAUGUGACCUAUGCAGAUUUCUACUCUUUCCUGAACUGUCUCCAGGUCAGCCCCUGUCAUGGCUGGAUGUCAUCCAACAAGACACUCCGGACUCUCACGUCAGAGAGAGCAGAACAACUCUCCAAUACACUGAAAAAAAUUGCAUCCAGCAAGAAAUUUACAAACUUUGAUCUUUUCUACAUGGCUUUUGACUUCCAAGAAAUCAUAGAGGAGUGGCAGAAGAAAGGUGUACAGCCCUGGCAGCUCAUCGAACCAGUGGAUGGAUUCCACCCUAACGAGGUGGGUUUGCUGCUGUUGGCAGAUCGCUUCUGGAAGAAGGUACAGCUCCAGUGGCCCCAGGUCCUAGGAAAGGAGAAUCCAUUCAACCCCCAAAUUGAAAAGGUGUUUGGAGACCAAGGAGGGCACUGAGUCUCUGAGGGACUUGCACUCCUGGAGAGCUCAGGGAAACAGGAGUUUGGGUAAAUUCAUUCAACAAGCAGUAUGGGAACUGUGAUGGUACCAGCUUACAGGUCCUCUUUAACAGCUUUUUUGCCAAAUGCUUUUCUCUCAUUUUAGAGCAUAUCUGAUAACCAUGCAAUUCUGUGUACUUCUGACAAUUAUUUUUUCUCUGGAAGAUUUUCUUACACUCUUUGGUUGCAUAAUCUUAUUGUC